AUGGACGUGUCUUCGCGUCGCUUCAGAGCUGAGUUCCUCCAAGAAUGGCAAGGAUCCACCGACGCCCCUUACUUCGACCCGAGUACUCCAAGAAAUAUCACUGGAUUAGUUGGGCAUCCUGUGAGACUACUAUGCAGAGUGAAGAAUCUACAAAACAGAACAGUGUCCUGGGUACGACAUAGAGAUAUUCACUUACUGACAGUCGGCCGCUACACUUAUACGUCAGAUCAACGGUUUGAAGCGCAGCACAAGCCACGCUCAGAGGAAUGGGCGUUACGCAUUCGCAGUCCGCAGCGACGAGAUUCCGGACAAUACGAGUGUCAGAUAUCCACUACACCACCUAUAGGACACGCGGUUUACCUCAACAUAGUUGAAUUGUUCAUCCAAGCGGGGUCAACUAUCAACCUUACUUGCACAGUGCGACAUACACCAGAACCACCGUCUUCCAUUACUUGGACGCAUGGUGACCAAGUGAUCAACUUCGAUUCAGCCAGAGGUGGUAUAUCUUUAGUGACAGAAAAAGGCUUGAAGAGUACCAGUAGGUUAUUGGUUCAAAGAGCAAGAGGAGCCGACGCAGGGCUGUACACAUGUGGUCCUAAUAAUGCUCCACCAGCAUCUACCAGAGUUCAUGUUUUGUCUGGUGAACAUCCAGCGGCCAUGCAACAAGGAUGUGCAAAAUCUUCAUUAGAUAGAAUUUUAUCGAUAUUUUACUGUAUUUUGUCAUUAUAUUUUUUUAGAAAACCUUCGUUUAACAACUUGCAAUUCGGCACCUGA